AUGUUUAAGUCACUUUUCAUCGCUACCCUCGUUUACAUCGCAUAUGCGGCGAGCGUGCCAUCAGCAAGAGGAUCAGGUUGCACACCUUUCCACACUGUAUUCACAUCCUCCGAGGUCUCCGCCUCAGAUUCCGCGCCCUUUGUCGCCAUCAGCCCGCAAGGAUCUUUCUCUGCCGGUGAGGAAGGCCUGCGGCUCUUCCUCGACCGGCCGACCGGAAAGAUAUCUACGACAGACGGCAUCAAUGACAAGGUUGCCGACGGCGCGACCAUUAACUCGACGUUCACUCUUCUACAUGGCAAAGUGACAUUUGAGUUAGCCGCCCCUUCCAUACCGGGAGUAGUCACCGCCGUCAUUCUCAUUGCGGACCCAGCUCACGAUGAAAUCGACAUUGAACUUCUGGGAGGCGAUGCGUCUAAUUUCCAAACAAAUAUAUUCGUGCCCCAACCAGAGGACCACAACGACGAACUCUAUGGCGUGUUCUCCAGCGUGCAAAGUGUAGCAUCCGAUGGCGGGUCCUCGACUAUAGAAGAAAUGCACAGCUACGCGGUAGACUGGACCGCGGAACAGAUAGUCUGGAGCGUUGACGGAAAGGAUGUCAUGACCAUCAACCGAGAUGAUACGCAAAAGAAUGGGGUCCUGCACUUCCCUUCUCAUCCGGCGAGAAUACAGCUUGGGAUUUGGGAUGCAAGCAACCCCAUAGGCACCUCAGAGUGGGGCAAGGGUCCUAUCGCAUGGGACGUUGUGCCAGGCCGGAUCGCAGCGGUGGUGAAGAGUAUCCGUGUCGAAUGCUGA